GUCUGGUUCAUCUCUUUUACUUCAUUUGUGGUGUCAGAAAGAGGGAGUCUUGUGGUUUAUUUGCUGUGCCAGAUAUUUCAGAAAUGGACGUUUGCUCCUGGCUUAUAUGUAUCUUCACUCUCUUGGGUUUUUCAGUCCGGUGUCUGGCAAACAAUAUCACUGUAUAUUCAGGACAACUAGGAGAAACACUGACUAUCGUUUGUCCAUACCGAUACCGUGCAGAUCGAUGGGCAAAGAAGUUAUGGUGCAAAGAGGAUGAAGUUGGUUCUUGCCAGGCUGUGGUCAGUGCUCCUCGCUAUUCUCUGUCUGGCAGCAAAACAAGAGGGAGCACCACAAUCUCUGAUAAUGCAUAUGAAAGCAUGAUUACAGUAAAUAUUACUAAUCUGCAAAAAGAUGAUGCUGGUGAAUAUCAGUGCAGGACAGCCAUUUUUGGCGACGUUGGCAUUCUACAGAAGAUCAGAGUGCUAGUGCUUGAAGAGAAUCUAUCAGGAAAUGUUUCACCUUUGGAUGAAGUCCAGUACAGUAUCUCUGGGUCACAAUCUGACAAUCAACUCCAUUUGAUGAUGUUCAUUCUUGGAAGCAGCCUUCUGCUUUGCAAAGUUCUAGUGAUGGGACUGCUCUACAGCUGGUGGAAAAUUCAGACAGAAAGAGUGAAACAUGAAUCAUCUCCUUUUUCAACAGCUGAGCAGCUAUUGCACAAUGAAGACAGAUAUGAAGAGCCAGAUACUGGUCCACACUAUAUAAAUUAUAUUUACAGGGGACACCUGUAACAACCACACUGGCAGGAAUGAUCUACCGGGCUAUACAAAUAUGAAUAGCAUGAUAUGAUAGGGCAAUG